AUGGCAUAUGUGGUUCCCAUCCACCACGCCAGCAGCAUCCGUCAUGCCCUGAAGCUCCAGUUCUUGAACCCAGGGGAGGACUGCCUGGUUGUUGCCAAAUCCAAUCGCCUCGAAUUCUACUCCCAAACCCCUGAAGGCCUCUCCCUCCAAUAUUCAAAAGCUAUCUAUGGAAAAGUUACCACGCUAGCAAAGCUCUCCAGACCCCCAAUACAACAACAGCAACCACAAACACUAUCACCUCCACAAAUCCAACAACCCCUCUUCCUCCCCCAAACAGACGUCCUCUUCAUCGGCACAGACCGUGCCACCUAUUUCACCGUCUCCUGGAACCCGGUCACCUCCCAGCUCCGCACCGAGCGCAAAUACGUCGACCUUGCCGACCCUUCCUCCCGGGAGUCCCAGCUCGGAGACCGCUGCCUCAUCGACCCUUCAGGCAAAUUUAUUACCCUCGAGCUAUAUGAAGGAAUCAUUACAGUUAUCCCCAUUGGCCAGCCGCAGCGGACGGCGAGGCAGGGCGGGCGGAAGUAUGGCAAGAGAGCUGUGACAGCACAGAAUCAACAUGAUAGUAGUCAUAUUGGUAAUACUAAUGCUGCUGGUGAGGUGGAGCUGGGGGAACCCUGCCAGGCGCGGGUGGAUGAGUUGUUGGUGCGGUCAUCUGCGUUUUUGCAUACUCAGGCAGACAUGUUACCAAGGAUGGCGUUUUUGUACGAGGAUACGAUGGGGCAGGUCAGAUUGAAGGUAAGGGAGUUGGAAUUUACGUAUGGUGGCAUGGGGAUUGGGACUGGUGGCGGGGCUGGGCAAGAUACUGGAUGCAUUGCAGUAUUGAAAGCGCUGGAUUUGCUGAAGGAGGAGUUGGAGAUGGGAGCGAGCUUUUUGAUACCCGUGCCGGCUCCGUUGGGCGGUCUCCUAGUCCUAGGCGAAACCUCGAUCCGAUACCUCGACGACGCAACAAAUGAAUGCAUCUCCUUACCCCUCGAUGAAGCCACCAUUUUCGUCGCUUGGGAACAGGUCGAUGGCCAGCGAUGGCUGUUGGCGGAUGACUACGGCCGGCUGUUCUUUCUUAUGCUCAUCCUUGACGAGGACAACGCUGUGCAGAGCUGGAAACUCGACCUGCUAGGCAACAUACCCAGGGCCUCGGUCCUUGUAUAUCUUGGCGGCGGAGUGACAUUUAUCGGUUCUCAUCAAGGCGACUCGCAGCUCAUCCGUAUAACUGAGGGUUCAUUUGAAGUCAUACAGACAUUUUCGAAUAUUGCGCCAAUUCUGGAUUUUACAAUUAUGGAUCUAGGUGGGCGGGCUGGGGAGAAUCAGACGCACGAUUUUUCGUCUGGUCAGGCGCGGAUUGUUACGGGCUCAGGAGCGUUUGAUGAUGGUAGUUUGCGAAGUGUUAGGAGUGGGGUUGGCAUGGAGGAGGUGGGUGUAUUAGGGGCUAUGGAGCACAUAACGGACCUCUGGGCACUGCGGGUGGCGUGUCAGGAGGGAUUUUCAGAUACCUUGUUGGUUUCAUUUGUGGAUGAGUCUAGGGUCUUUCAUUUCACGCAGGAUGGAGAGGUGGAGGAAAAGGACGAAUUUAUGGGCCUGGGACUUGCCGAGAGUACGUUACUUGCAGCGAAUUUGCCUAAUGGUCGUAUUUUGCAGGUUACGGAACGCAAUGUUCGCGUGGCGGAUCUGGAUGACGGGAUGCUGCUGUGGAACUGGUCUCCUCCCUCUCAGAAGGCGAUCACGGCGGCUUCGUCAAAUGAUGAUCACCUUGUUUUAGUGGUUGGGGGUCAGGUGCUCAUGUGUUUUGAUAUUCAAGGGGAAAUUAAGCUUGCUGGGAAGAAGGAUUUCGGCGACGAUACACAGGUAUCUGGUGUCACAGUUGCCUCCUCCCCGGCCACCUACUGUAUCCUCUGCCUGCCACAAACGGCUGAAGUUGCUGUAAUGAGCCUGGCAGACAUGACCAUCCGCCACAGCACGUCGGUGGGCGAGCCGGGUGAAGCUUUUCCACGCUCAGUGCUUGUCGCAGAAGUCCUCCCUAAUCAACCCGCAACCCUUUUUGUCUCCAUGGCCGACGGGGGAGUAUUCUCCUUCUCAUUCAAUGCGGACGAAUUCACGUUAACAAAAAUGAGCAAACUGGUUCUGGGCUCCGAGCAACCGUCGUUCAAGAAGCUUCCACGGGGAGACGGUUUGUAUAAUAUCUUUGCAACCUGUGAACAGCCUAGCUUGAUCUACGCGACAGAGGGCCGCAUCAUAUACUCCGCAGUCCACUCUGAUCAGGCCUCGCGCAUCUGCCACUUUAACUCCGAAGCGUACCCGGGCUCCAUCGCUUUGGCCACCCCAACAGAAUUGAAAAUAGCCCAUGUGGACUCGGAGCGGACGACGCAGAUUCACACGCUCGAGAUCGGCGAAACGGUCCGGCGGGUUGCGUAUUCUGCGGCUGAGAAGGCAUUUGGGAUUGGUACUAUUAAGCGCACGCUGGAGAACGGGGCCGAGGUUAUUACGAGUCGCUUCAUGUUAGCUGAUGAAAUUAUGUUUAGGGAGUUGGAUGAUUAUAGUCUGCGUCCGGAUGAACUUGUGGAGAGUGUCAUUCAGGCGCAGUUCCCGGAAGGAAAAGACAGUGAUGGGAAUGAGUCCUUCAAAGACAUGUUUGUUGUUGGCACGUCGUAUCUGGAUGACGUCGGUGAGGGGUCCAUACGGGGACGGAUAUUGGCGUUUGAAGUGACGGGAUCUAGGCAGUUGGCAAAGGUGGCGGAACUCCCUGUUAAAGGGGCAUGUAGGGCCCUGGCUGUGAUGCAGGAUAAGAUUGUUGCUGCCCUUAUGAAGACAGUCGUAAUCUACUCAAUCGCCAAAGGAGAGCUCUCCGACUAUACCCUUAAUAAAACCGCCAGCUACCGCACUUCUACCGCCCCCAUUGACAUUGCAGUAACAGGAAACCUCAUCGCGGUAGCUGAUCUCAUGAAAAGCGUCUCCAUCAUCGAAUUCAAACAAGGAGAGAACGACCAGCCAGACAGUCUCACUGAGGUAGCUCGCCAUUUCCAGACUCUUUGGAGCACUGCUGUGGCACCUAUUGCGGAAAAUAUGUUCCUAGAGAGCGAUGCGGAGGGGAACCUUGUAGUUCUCAAUCAAAAUGUCAAUGGCGUGACAGAUGAUGAUAAGAGGCGGUUGGAAGUUACGAGUGAGAUUUUGCUUGGGGAGAUGGUCAAUCGGAUCAGGCCUGUUAGCAUCCAAGGGUCGUUGCCUGCGACGGGACCUAGAGAGGCAGUUAUUUCGCCAAAGGCUUUUUUGGGAACGGUCGAAGGUUCCAUCUACCUCUUUGGUCUCAUUAACCCUGCAUACCAAGACCUUCUCAUGCGCCUGCAAUCCGCUAUGGCUGGACUGGUGGUGACCCCUGGUGCCAUGCCAUUUAACAAGUUCCGCGCGUUCAAGAACGCGGUGCGUCAAGCUGAGGAGCCGUAUCGUUUUGUCGAUGGGGAACUUAUCGAGCGGUUUUGGACCUGUGAGGCGGCAUUACAAGAGGAGAUUGUGGGUUUGGUUGUGGCAGGUGGUGUUGCGGGUGUUACGGUUGAGAAAACUAAGCGGAUUGUGGAGGAGUUAAGGAGAAUGCAUUAG